UUACCCCCACUAAAAUCUUUGUUACAAGCGUCUUGCUUGUAAGAAUACCAGUAACAAUCGGCUUAUUCUUCCACUGGACGCAUGCUAGUGUAUACCUGAAGCGUAAGAACGAGAGGAAUUUGAAAAUACAUUAAUUUGGUGAGAUCACCCUAUCUAAUACGAAGAAUACUUCAACCACGUGCAUCGCCAUUGUUGAUCAUCACUAUGAUUAACCGAUGAUUGCUAUCACAACCAGGGUUUAUAUGCCGUGAGGCUUUUCCCUGACGAGCCAAUAAAACAACACAUUGUGUUUUGGCUCAACCACGUGUUUAAUUUAUUUUUAUUAUCAUCCUUCUUAUCCUUAUUCCUAGCCGACUAAUUACUCGUGGACUCCAUGUUACAGAAAUCUGUGUAAUAUUUUGGUGCCUCCUGUGAGGUGUGAAUUCCCGAUUCCUGGUUUAUGAAGCUUCAAACAGAUUAUCUCCACGUCGUGCCAACGGAUUAGAAAACAACAAAGUUGAGAAUCACCAUUUUACGAACAUCUACACCGUCUAGUUUAGCCGUUAUCACAAAGGAUUUAAAACCGAGAUAAGUAUAUUUAAUUAUCCGUGCGUGCGUUUGUGCGUACACACCUUUAAUUAUUAAUACGUACCUCAAGCGAAAUUGCGUCUUCGAACCCAGUAAAAGUUCGCAAUUUCCAAUAUAAUUAUUCAUUCAUUCAUCAUUUUAUAAAAGGUCGUCUCGUACCAAGUUUUGAACAGACAUAUAUAACGUAAUUAUUAAAAUCAACAAGAGUAACGUAUAUAUUCGUAAAUUAGUUGUUUUGUAACCUCUUUGAAAUCGCUUUGUCCUCCGACAAAGAACUAUCAUAUUUUCGGUGGUUCCGCCGCUUCCCUGUAUUCCUUUGUAUCCCCACCAUUGGUCUGCAGCUAGUGAGAAGCGUACAUCCCCUCCACAAUCUAUAGUUUCAGGGCUGUACCGCGUGAUCGAGAACCCAACGCACGGCAAUUAAUUCAUACACAAAAGGGAUUUUUGCAUUUGUUAUAAAUUAAUUGAGUAACUUUCGAAGAGUAGGAUAGUUAAUACCGGUCCAAAAUGGCAUCGCGAAAACAGCUCAGACAAGAACGGCAAGCUUUAGAAUCGCGGUUAUCUCACGUCGAAAAUUUAAUCAAAGAAGGAAAUUUAAGUAAAAAGGAGUUAGGAAAGCGUUACGAAAGACUCACCAACUUAGUAGAUAGCUACGAACAAUUGUAUCGAAAGUGUGUUGAUGACGACAUUAAAGAAGGAGGAUUCGACGAAUUAGAGCAGCUUGUAGAGAGAUACCUCGCAAUCGGAGACAAAAUUGAUUCGGAUGAUACGACCGCGGUUACGAGCGACUCUAACAGGAAUAACGAUACUAUGAAUACUUGCCAUCAGCAGAUUCAAUUUCGCCGUAUCGAGAUCCCAAGAUUCGACGGAGAUAUGGGAAAAUGGCUCUCAUUCAAGUCUAACUUCUUGACGCUCGUAGAUGCGCGCCGUGACUUGUCGGACUUGGAAAAGCACGUAUACCUCCGCGACGCCCUUAGCGGCCAGGCAUUCCAAACGAUCCAACAUUAUCAACUAACCGGGGAGUAUUAUAAGGCAGCGUGGGGAGCUUUACUGACAGCGUUCGACAUACCACGUAUUCUAUUAGCCCGAGCAUUCGACGCGUUGAUCGAUAUACCUCGACCAAAAACCAGGUCGGCAAAAGACAUAACAGCAUUUUUGAAUGAACUGCGUUCUCAUAUCUCCACUAUUAAUUCAUUUAAUAAUCUAGAUGCAUUGCUAGUACGUCUCGCUGAACGCGCUUUACCCCUUGACAUGCUACAAGAAUGGGACAAACAGACCGGUUCUAACGAAUAUCCGACAAUUGAACAGUUUUUUGAUUUUUUAACCAGAUCUACGCGUUCUAGUACUCCGUUGCAGACUCCGCCACCGUCCGCGACCCUCGAGUCCUGCGCAAAACGUAGAUAUCCCGAGACGACGACUAUACAGCCGCAAAAACGACAGAAUACACAUUCAACGAGUACAUCUUCUACCCGUAAUUAUUGUUGUUUUUGUAAACGAGAUGACCAUGCUUUAUACCGCUGUCCCCAGUUCAAUAACAUGACGAAAUUAGACAGACUGGAGGCGGUCAAACGUCACGGAGUAUGUAAAAAUUGCUUACGGAAGCACCGGGAUCCAUGCAAGAGCUCGUUUUGUCGAGUCUGUCACCAUGCCCAUCAUACGUCACUGCACAUAGACUAUGACAAAUAUGAGAUCGUGAAACUGGAGAGCCAGUCCCCCGCGAAGAGCGGGUUCGCGUCGACAUCCCAAACCAAACCUAUCUCCUUACGACUAACACCGAUCUUUCAUGUCAACUUGCGCUGUGAACCGAAUGAACUCCUUAUGAGUGCUAUUUGCGGUGUUAAAAGGGGAGACAAGACCUUUAAAAACUGUCGGGCGUUAUUAGAUACGUGCGCCACAGCACACUUCAUUACAGAGAACAUCGCGAGAGAUUUACUCUUACCGAUUAAGCCAUGUUCGAUCCCCAUUAAUGCUAUAAAUGAUACCAGAACUCUAUCGGCAGGCAUUAUCGAAAUAAGAAUUCAAUCGAUACACUGUAAAUUUUAUAGACGGAAUCUCUCGUUACUCGUCGUCCCUAAGAUAGCCGAUCAGGUACCUAGCGAAAUUUUCCCGCGAAGAAUCGCUCAAAUUCCGAGCGAUCGAAAACUGGCGGAUCCCCAGUUCCAUUUGCCACGACCGGUCGAAAUCUUGAUAGGUUCUGAAACAACGUUAGCCCUCAUGUCGAUAGGACCAGUUUUUUGGUCACAAGCACGCGGUGAUUUUAUGCUCCAGAAGACGGAAUUAGGUUGGGUGAUCGUCGGAAUCAAAUCGAAAGAACCUAAUUUAAACAACACGUUCUUUGCGACGACCGAAUUAAAGGAACAGUUAGAAAAGUUUUGGUCUAUAGAAGACACGAAUAUAACACGAUCAAAGUCAGUAAAUGAAAUAGAAUGCGAAAAUCAUUAUGUCCAAAAUACGAAACGUGACGAAUCGGGACGGUACAUUGUGCGUCUACCUUUCCGCGAAGAGGGGCACGAUUACAGCAAUAUGCGCGCUACAGCUUUACGCCGUUUACAAACUCAUUGGAAGAGGUUAGAGGCGACUCCCGAAAUCCGGAAGGAAUACGAACGGAUUAUGCAGGAAUAUAUCGAUUUAGGACAUAUGUCGAUGGUCGCAAACGAUCUUCCGGGAGGUUGCUAUAUUCCCCAUUUCUCGGUCUUUAAAUCAACCAGCAUGAAAACAGAGGUACGGAUCGUAUUCGCAGCUUCUACGAAAGAUGAGAAGAAACUUUCUCUCAACAGUACCCUGUUAGUCGGACCUACAAUUCAAGACACUCAAGUAGAACAUUUGUUACGAUUCCGUACGUAUCGGUACGUCCUGACCGCGAAUAUUGAGAAAAUGUAUCGACAGAUAUGGAUUCAUCCGGACGAUCGCAAAUAUCAACGGAUAUUUUGGUUCCAUAACAAACAGAUUUGCACGUUCGAACUUAACACGGUGACAUUCGGAUUAGUCUCAGCACCUUUUCUUGCUAUGCGAACCAUAAAACAACUCGCGAAAGAUGAAGGCGCUAAUUAUCCGCUCGGAGCCGAAAUACUAAACCGCGAUCUAUACGUCGAUGAUCUCAUCACGGGAGCCGACAAUGUCGAAACCCUCGGAAAAAUACGCGAUCAAAUCAUCGAAAUAUUGAAACGAGGCGGGUUUAAUAUGCGACAAUGGUCGUCCAACUUUCGACCGGUGCUCAAAAACUUAGAUACAAAGAACGUCGACGUUGACCUCUGCUCUGAGGAUACUCCUAUUUUAAAGACAAUCGGUAUUUCAUGGAACGCCCAUCAUGAUCGUCUAAUCUAUUCAGUCACGCCCAUAGACAUUAAGGAAAAAACUACUAAACGACGAAUUAUAUCUGAAGUCGCAAAGAUUUUCGAUCCGCUCGGACAUUUAAGCCCCAUUAUUUUAACAGCCAAAAUCUUAAUACAAGAUUGCUGGAAAACCCACAUCGACUGGGACGAAUUGGUACCUAGUGCAUUACAUUCCUCAUGGGUAACGUUCGCGGAACAGUUGACACUAAUCGAUAAUUUAACGAUCGAGAGACGCAUCACACUCGAUAACCCUAUCGAAGUACAAAUACACGGUUUCUGCGGCGGAAGUCAAUCUGGUUACGGUGGCUGCUUAUACAUCAGAUCGCGAGAUGAAUCCGAUGCCAUAAGCGUACGGUUACUUUGCGCUAAAAACUGCGUGGCUCCUCUUAAAGACACCACCAUACCACGUUUAGAACUAUGCGGAGCAUUAACACUUGCGCGAUUGUACCGAGAAGUCCGAAUAGCUACCGGAUUGCGAUCCGACAAAGUAACUUUCUGGUCCGAUUCCAUGAUUGUACUGGGUUGGCUGAAAAGAGACCCUGGUACGUUGAAAAUAUACACGGCGAAUCGCGUACGCGAAAUACAAGAGAUUUGUGAAGGAAUCACAUGGCGACACGUGCAAUCCGGAAACAAUCCAGCGGACAUAUUAUCUCGGGGACAACUUCCUCGAGAUUUCGUGAUGAACGAUUCAUGGUUCUAUGGACCUUCUUGGCUCAAACAACCGGAGGCCAAGUGGCCCAUUCCGACCGACAAAGAAAUCCUCAAACUGCCGGACGUAAGAAAAUUAUCGGUAUUAACGACACGAAUUGAAUCGGAAAACAUAUUUCAGCGAUUCUCCAAUUACACGCAAUUAUUAAAAUUUGUAGCUCGAUGCCGGAGAUGGCUUAAGACCAACACGUAUAAGGGAGAAUUGUCGACCGCGGAAAUGGCGGAAACUGAACGACGUGUCCUAAGAAUCGUGCAAAGCGAACAAUUUCACGCCGAAAUGGAUAGGUUAACAGACGCGGAGGGAGUCAAGAGCACAAAACUCGCCACAUUAAAUCCGAUCUUCGACGAAAAAGACUUAAUUCGAGUGGAAGGUCCACUUCGAAACGCGAAUUUAAACUUCCAAGAGAAAUACCCGAUAUUAUUACCAUCGUACCACCAUGUGACCGACCUCCUUAUUCAAAAAUUCCACGAACAAAACUUUCACGCCGGCAUACAGACUACCCUCCAUGCUCUUCGGCAGCGAUUCUGGCUCCUCGACGGUAAGAAUCAGGUGCGAAAGAUCGUACGUAAUUGCGAACGUUGCAUUCAAUUCCGUGCAUCCGGCAUCCAAAAUAAAAUGGAUGACCUACCGAGCUUGCAAGAGCAAGAAGUCACCGCAUUCUCCCACGUCAUAGUGGAUUUCUUCGGUCCAAUUUACGCGAAAGAAAAGAAGCACCGUAAUAAAGGUUGCGUUAAAAUAUACGGGUGCAUCUUUGUCUGCAUGACCAUAAAAGCCAUACACAUCGAAUUGAUCAGCGAUCUGACUACGGACGCGUUCUUGGCCGCCUUUCAGCGGUUUGUGAGUCGAAGAGCAGUUCCGACCCACGUUUAUUCCGAUAACGGGAUCAAUUUCAUCGGGGCCAAUAACCAAUUAAGGGAGUUAUACGCCUUGAUCGAGUCGGACGAAUACAAGACAAAGGUCCACGAUUUUGCGGUAGAUCAUAAAAUCUCAUGGCAUUUUAAUCCUCCCCUAUCACUUCAUUUCAGAGGUAUGUGGGAGGCAGCUGUUAAAUCUUUCAAACAUCAUUUUAGGCGAGUCGUGGGAAAACUUGUCUUCACGUACAAAGAGUUGACCAAAUUCGUGAUCGAAAUCGAGGCUAUUUUAAAUUCGCGUCCGCUAUUUCCUAUCCCGUCAGACUCGAACGACGUAACAGCACUAAGUCCUGCACAUUUUCUAGUUGACAAGCCAAUUACGACACUGUCAGAGGAAAAUUAUACUAAGAUUCCAGCAAAUCAAUUAUCUUCAUGGAAGCACAUCAUGAAAGUACGAAAACACUUCUGGCGACGAUGGUACAUCGAGUAUCUACGAGAAUUGCAAAAACGUCAAAAGUGGAUACACUCCCAGAAUAAAAUUAAAAAGGACACCGUCGUCAUUCUCAUUAACAAGAAUCAACCUUGUAUGAGGUGGCCGCUGGGACGGAUCUUGAAUCACCCAGGAGAAGAUGAUGUAAUACGAGUAGUAUCCGUGAAAACUACUUACGGAAUUGUAAAGCGAAAUGCGACCACUAUUUGCCCGUUGUAAUAGAUACUCGUUAAAUGUAUUGUAUUGUAUCUUUUAGAAUCGAACCAUUGACAUUUCUAAACUUUAUUAUCUUUUAUUAUUCAUUAUUUUAUUGUCUAAACUUUAUAAUCACUUUUCUUUUACGUACAAGACGGAUAGAUCACCUGACCAGCGAUGUAUUGAAUAUGUUAAGGGGGGGUAUUCUGGUCUAGAAAUUGGAAAAAAUCAAUUUUCUUUUUUCAUCUAUUCUUGAAAUAUUAAUAAAUAUCUUGUUGCAUUAUAGAUAGUGAAAAUAUUAUUCGUUUUUUUGUUAUUGCACUUGAAAAAGUACCUAAAAUUCAUGCCUCUAGACCAGAAUAUCACCUCUUUAACCCUUUCGCUACGGCAGUCCCGUCCGCCGAGGUACCGACCCUGAACGGAGACUCGCCGAACGUUAUGGCGUGGAUGCCGUAUAUAUGCGGCGCGAAAGGGUUAAGCGACCCGCGUUUCAAGCAUUGUGAACUUUAUUUUAACUAAUCACGUCACACCGACACUGGUGGCUAAGGUAAUUGAUCGUUACACUCUCAACGGGGGGAGUAUGAACGGUCGGAAUCGACCUGAGACUGUCAAACGCUAGUCGAAAUACGCGCCGUGGCAGUAAGACGUCACGCUACUUCCUGAAAGAAACGAACGAACGAUGGGGCGGGGACGCCCCCCCCCCACACUAAAAUCUUUGUUACAAGCGUCCUGUUGGGAAGAAUACCAAAAACAAUUGGGAUAUUCUUCCGCUGGACGCCUGCGAGUGUACACCUGAAGCGAGAGAACAAGAGGAGUUUAAGAACACAUCAAUUUGGUGCGUCGCCUGCACGGCCGACGAGAUCAUCGAGACCUUCCUGGACGUCUGUUCUGUGCGGCGAGGUCGCUCUAUCUCUCAGCCCGACGCCACCUCGCUUAGGCCUGAGCCUCAGCGGGACCACGUGGCUCGCGGCAAUUCGCUCGACGCUCUUCCACCUCGUCGUUAUCACGAAACCUCAUCAUGGCUCAGCUAGCUGGCCGCCAGCCUUGGUGGUCGAUCGAGAUCUCGACCACGUGCACGUAAACCUUCCAUCGGCAGGGCCGCAGGGGGCGCCGCGCCAGCAGCACAGCGCUGGUGCCACUAUCAUCGGGUGUACCAGGAAAAUUCCGUGCGCUGUUGUGCACUAUGAGACUUCCUGGCCGAUUGGGUCGUUAAACUAAUAGCACCGCCGCACAUUGUGGCGGUACACGGUGGUGGUGUCUCCACACUCUCAUCGGACUUUUGCCUCUAUGUCAUCGAGAGCUCGCUCAAACACUGUGUUCCUGUCGCCAACCGCUCCUCUUCGCCUGGCCACCGACGUAUCCAGUUCGGCUGUGGGCGCCGUGCUCCUGCAAGAGGUCAUCGGAGAAUGGCAGGUGGUCGGUUUCUUCUCCCAACGCUGACACCGACGGAGGCCCUCUACAGAACCUACGACCGAGAGCUGCUAGCCAUCUUCAGGACUGUUCGGCAGUUCCGGUGCAUCUUUGAAGAAAGCAGCAGCAGCUGGACUUCUUGCUGUAGUUUGACAUCUGUUUCCAACCCUGACGCAACGUGACCGGUGCGGACACGUCGUCGUUGACGCCCUCUCCAGGACUCGAGAAUGCUCCUGCUCUGGAUGGGUCGACUGACGCUGCCGCGUCAUUGCCAUCGCCGGCGACUCCAAUCUGCGUGACCGUAAGCAUGCCUAUUGCGCUCGGUCCCCAGGCCAUCGCCACGACACACACAGGCUCUUAACGACGAGCUACCGUCGCUCGCAGAACGCACCUCUCUCAACCUCCAGCGCCUCAAAAUUGAGAGAUUCGA